AUGGAAGGCGUCUACAAGGAGGCCUGCAACGUCAGCAGUUCCUACAACGAGGAUGCCAGCAAUGACUACGAAGAGGCCUGCACGGUCUCUCCGUCGAGGGUUUCAACUACAAAGAGGGCCGCUGGCCUGAACCUCGCCUCAGACUCAGCAAAAGAACCAGGUUCGUCUGGGUCUCUGUCUAAGCGCCAAGCCACCGACCCCGGAACUGCCUCUGCUGAGACCGCUGGGUACAUCCCAGGGGUCGGUCUGAGGAGCCCUGCUAUGAAGAUGUCUGACCUGAGGUUGACCGUCCGAAAGCUUGACCAGGAGACAAAGCGCGAUCUGAAAGACCUGAAGCUGUCGGUCAGCAAGCUGGACACGAAGGCAGGCCAAAAGGAGAAGAAACUGCAACGUCUGGAGAAGCUGGAGGACAACAUGAAGAAUAAACAAGACAAACCGGAGAAAGAGCGCGCUCCGAUACGCCUACCAGCGACCUGUCCUGACGGUUACAAGAAGUACCAUGAAAUCUGCUACAAAGCCUUUCAAGCCUUGAAGACCUUCUCCAAAUCGGCCGAGACCUGUCGGGCUGACGGAGGCACCCUCGCCAUGCCCCGCGACGCCGGUAUCCACGACUUCCUCGUCUCCCUGAUGAAACAGCUACUACCGCUAUUCGAUUAUUGGAUCGGCUUACAUGAUGAGCGACAGGAAGGCAAGUGGGAGUGGAUAGACGGCACCGCUCUGGGGACAGGCUAUAACCGCUGGAAGAACGGUCAACCCAACAACCAUGGGGGGAAUCAGGACUGCGCUUUGUACUGGGGAUCGGGCAGGUCUCCCUCGUCGGUCUUUUGCUGCUCCAGGCAAGUAACCGGGCGCCCACAUAUGAGGGAAGCGGCCCCGGCUACAGUCGUGAAACGUGGGUUCCGACAUCCGGGUGUGAAGACGACUUAG